AUGCCUCCAGGUCAAGCGCUAGAACCAUCUCUCACAGAGUCCGACUUUAUUCUCUCCUGUCUCCAAGACAGCAUCCGAGUCGAUGGUCGCUCUUUCCUCGCUCCUCGCGACAUCCACAUCUCCUUUGGCGAAGAACUCGGCAACUGCACCGUAUCCAUCAAAGGCACGCGCGUGUCCACUUCUGUCCGCGCGAAUCUCUUCCCCCCACGCUCCGAUCGCCCAUAUGAGGGCUUUCUCCAAAUCACAACUGAUAUCUCUCCAAUGGCUGGUGUCGAAUACGACUCGACCGGUGGAGGAGCCAACUCUUCCGCUCGAGCCAAAGAAGUUCUCUUCGACAGACUCAUCGAGAAAGCAAUCCGAAGAACAGAAGCCGUCGACAGGGAAGCACUUUGCGUGGUAGCCGGCGAACAGGUCUGGAACGUCCACCUCACAGUCCACCUUCUGUCAGAUACAGGCGCAGCAUUAGACGCAGCAGUACUGUGCUCAAUGCUCUCACUACGACACUUCCGUCGACCAGACUACUCGAUCGAAAACGGUAACCAAGUACGCCUUUACUCGAGCGACGAACGUGUCCCAAUCCCACUCGCUAUUCAUCACACACCACUCUGCGUCACUUUUGCCAUCUUCAACGACCUCUCCACUACCACAACCGCAACUGCCAAGUCUCAACCGGAUGACGACCACCUCAUCGACCCAACCUCAGCUUCUGCAGCAGCAAGCACAAGCUCAACAGUAGCUUUACUAGAUCCCACGUUGUUGGAAGAGACGCUAGCGCAUUCUAAGUUGACAUUGGUGCUGAAUGCGCAAAAAGAGAUUUGCGUAUUGGACAAAUCGUACGGCAGUCCGAUUGCACCACAGACGUUGUUGGACUUGAUCAAUGUAGGAUUCAGAAGGAUUCAAGAGUUGACAAAAAAGUUGGAGGAGGCGUUGAAGUUGGAUGCUGAAACGAGGGUUGUUGAAGUCAUCUAG